CCUAUCGUUCGUUUCCGACUUCUGCUCAGUGCCACAUCAUUAGCGUCGCGCUGUCAGUGUUACUUUGUCAUUGAGCAACAAUGGAAUUGUAUUUGUAUUGUUUUGGCCUUCUGUUCAUUGUUUAUGAUGUAUACAGCCUAAAGUGUGAUCAACAUGCGGAUGAAAUUGGAUGCAUUCAAGAACGUAUUCGCAGGAACUCGUUAGUGAUUGGAGAAUAUAUGAAAUCAGAAGCACCUACUUAUCCAGUUAUGAUGGAUGCAUAUUUACCACCAGGUAAAAAUAGAAGAGUGACCUAUUUGGGUCGUUUCGUGAAUCCUUGCACAAGAGUUGCAUUCAAUAUGAUGAAUAAUAUUAGUGUAACUUAUUCUGAUGUAGCCUUACAUUUUGAUAUACGGUUUCAUGGAAGUCAUUCUUAUAAUCGAAAGAAAGUUCUUUAUGCGACCAGAGUGAAAGGCUUUUGGAAUGGUGGAAAUAUAUCUUCCCGUUUCCCAUUUACUUGUGGUGAGCAAUUUAAUAUAACAAUACAGGAAGAAUUAGAUCGUUACAAGAUUUAUACCAAUGGACAUCACUACACAGACUACAAACUAUCUCCUGCUAUUCUUGAAAAAGUGACCAUCAUAGCAGUUUGGGGAAAAGUUCUGCUCACAACUAUUGAAAUCAACAAGCACCAGCAGGAACCUUACGUUCCAGGUAACGUUACUGAACCAGAAGUGAAGCAGUUAAUUGAAAAGGAGAUGUCAGUGUGCGUAAGGGACGCUUGGCAAAGUUAAUGUCCAUUGGUUAAGUUUGUCUGAUCCUGUGCAUAGAAACUCGCAUAUAAGGUCAAUCUGUAGCAAAUGUGACACAUUUGUAAAAAGAAUGAAAUGGUGGUCAUGGAAAAUACAUGCCACAUAGUUGUACUUAUAUAUACUGAUAUACAUGCGAGAAUCUCAUUACAACGACAUUCUUGCUAAAUAAACACUUAAGAAAUCUACGUGAGAAAACUAUCAAGCGCUAUUUUAACCCAAUAAAAUAUUCUAUUAACUUUCUAUCUAUAUUCUAGCAAUAAAUAUCAUUUUUACUU